CCAACUGAGACACAAGGUUUUAUCGCAUCGCCGCUUUUCGAACAUUUUCGUUCGGUAUUUUUGUGUGUUGAAUACGUAAAGAAAUGUUGUGAAGCGAUUUUAAGAGGAGCGGUCUAUCGAAACCCGUUACAAUUUUCCUCUCGCAAUAAACCAUUUUGCAACUAGCAAAAGUAAAAACGGAAAUUCAUUUAAAUUCAUAUCAAUCGCUUACGGAAUUUUUUUUUUUUUUUUGAUCAUCAACAAAUAUUCGGUUCGUUUUGUUGUUGUUUACGUUUUCUUUCCUGUGAAUGUGCAUUUUUUUAUUACAGUAAUCUGUUUUUCGAAUGGUCUUUGGUGAUACAGCGAAUGAUUGUUCGUUUGAAAAAAGAAGAAAAACGGAAAAGAAAAGGUGAAACAAUACGAAAAAGAUCCAAGCAAAAAUUUUCCGAUUGAGAAGAUAGAAACCCAAAUAAAAUGGUUUGUUUUGGUAUUUAUUGCGAAAUGAAAUGGAAUAUUUCGAAACAAAUGAGCUCAAUACAGAUAAGCGUAGGCCCAAAAAUUAGAAUCGGCUCGUUUUGUGCUAAAAUCUUGAAAAUUGUUUACGCUUUUCCGUUUCGUUCAGCGCAAAUGUUGUUCAAUUAAUAGAAAAAUAUUUAUUCAAAGCAAGUGUUGCAAAAUAUAUGAGAGACUUAACGUGUUGCUUGCGAGCGGUGUUUCUCACUCACUCAUUCAGUCAGUCACUCACUCCCUUCGUCCGGUUUGAGUAUGUGUUCGUAUAAAAAGGUGAAAUAUAAGUUGUAUGAAUAAAACACGAAAAUUGAAAAUGUUGCGUUCCUUUAUGUUGUUUUACAAAUACACAAAGCAGACGGAGUAGAAGGAUAAAAUAGCGAAAAUACCGAUAUUGUUCACACCGGAGAGAGAGAGAGAGAGAGAGAGAGAGAGAAUUGAGUUAUUGAUUUUAUGAGGCGAACAAACAAAAACAUCGCAUUUUUAUAAGUAAAAACAAAUAUGGAUUAGUGACAACGACGUCGGCGGCAGCAACGGCUUCGACGACGACGACGACAACGACGACGACAAAGACGGACGUGGCUGAAAAGUUAAAAGCAUGUACGUUGUGUAUUGUUGUUUAGAAUUUCAUUUGUGUUACUACUAUCCCGAAGUAUUGUAGUCGCGCGGCGUUUUCGGUUUCGACACAAUUAUCGCUCGGCCAAACGGAGAGGUAUCAUUCAUUCGCUACAUUGUAUCUGUGGUGACAACAUGUAAGGAGCGGAUAAAUCAUCUAAGCCAAUAAUACUCUUUGCUCCAAGACGACAGUCAUACGGAACAUCAAUCUUAGUUUUGAAAAAAGAAGGAAAGAAGAAAAAAAACAUCACCGGAAAAAAUCGAUUCAAAAAGCUAUGGGUGCAAAUUCAUCGCGUACGGGUGCCAUUUCACUCUCAGACGAUGAUGUGAAUUUCGAUCACUUUCAAAUACUACGAGCCAUUGGAAAAGGCAGUUUUGGAAAGGUGUGCAUUGUACAGAAACGGGAUAGCGGUCGAUUGUUUGCCAUGAAAUAUACGGUGAAAUUGGAUGGCAGAGGUGCUCUUGGUGGUGUAAUUAAAGAAGUUGAAUUACUAUCAUCGUUGGAACAUCCCUUCUUAGUCAAUUUAUGGUUUUCGUUUCAAGAUGAAGAGGAUUUAUUCAUGGUGUGUGAUUUGUUAACGGGCGGUGAUUUACGAUAUCAUUUACUUCAACAGGUGGAAUUUUGCGAAAAAAGUGUAUCAUUAUUGGUGUGCGAGCUUGGUUCAGCACUCGAGUACUUACGACAUCAGCGUGUUAUUCACAGAGAUAUCAAACCCGAUAAUAUACUUCUUGAUGAAGAAGGUCAUUUUCAUCUGACUGAUUUCAAUAUAGCAACGCGACUACAAAACGAUGGAUUUGCAUGCAGUAUGUCUGGAACAAAACCGUAUAUUGCUCCAGAAGUAUUCAUGUGCGCCUUAGAUCAAGUUGUUGGCUACUCAUACCCAGUGGAUUGGUGGUCUUUAGGUAUUGUGGCUUAUGAAAUGCGAGCGGGUAGUAGACCGUUUGUCAUUCAUUCAACAACACCCGUGGAAGAUGUUAAAGAAAUUUUAUUCACAACGCCUUCAUUUCCGAGGAGUUGGAGUGCCAAUUUCAUCGAAAUCAUACGAAAACUUCUGAACGUGAAUCCAGAUGACCGAAUCAGUUCACAGAAGGAGCUAUCACAAACAGCAUUGCUCCGUAAUAUGAACUUUCAACGGAUUCUAGCAAAAGACAUAACACCACCAUUCAAACCGCCGGCUGACCAUUUAAACUGUGAUCCAAGCUUGGAGCUUGAAGAGAUGAUUGUCGAGGCAAAACCACUACAUAAAAAGAAGAAACGCUUGGCAAAACAAAGAUCAGCACAACGUGAUUCGGCCGAAAGUAGCAAUGCCGAAAGUAAUUUUAUCAAAGAAUUUAUCGUUUACAAUCGAUGCAAAGAGCUUGAGCGUAAAGCAAUGGACUUGAAAGAAAAAGAAUGGCAAGACGAAUUGAAUACGUUGAUGGCCAAUUCGGAGGUGAAAAAUUUAAGUAGCAUUAAGGAAGUGAGCAACGAGCAAACUUCAGCAUUGUUGCAACAGCACGAAAUGGAAAUUCAAAACGGACAAAAUCGAUUGAUUUCGGCUAAAUCAAUCAAAGAAGUAGUACAACAAAUAACCGAUGCAAAAAAUACGAACCCGCAAAUAAAUGCUGCAAUCGACAGCGAGACAAUCGAUUUUAUCGAUCGAACACCGUCACCGAAAUCGACCGCAUAGCGCAUCUUUGAUUUGAGCAGAAAAAUGACGAUGAAGAUGACAAGAAAUCUUCUCCACAACCAUACAAUGUGUUUCUAUUUUUCGCGUUCCAAUCAGCAGCGAUGCAAUUAAUUGUCCCGAACUCACCAAUUAUUAUUCAAUAAUUAUUCAUAUAUACAAGUACCAAUUUAAUGAUGAUCUUAUGCAUUUAUUCGACUGAAUCUGACAACAACAUAAAAACAAAGUGAACAAAUCGACCAUGAGGAAUUUAAGAAUUUGAUGUACUGUACAUACAUAUUACCAAUUAACCAAUUAUCAGUAAGAAUGCACACAUGCAAUUGACUACCGACGUAAGAAAAUGUUUGCAGAAAAAAAAAAAAACAAA